AUGAAUGGAAGUAUUGCAACAAUGAAGAAAAGCCGCGAGAGGGACCAAACGCUUGUCUUGUUUGAGCUGUCUGGCCAGGCGGUGGCCGAACUUUUGAUCGAACCUCAAGUGCCCAGGCUCAUCCACACCUCACUUCUCCGACGUCAGCUUCACAUCUUCUCAACCACAAUCAUGGCCCGGAAUCCUAAGGAACAGUGGGAGCGGCUCCAGGUAAUCCUGCAGAACCGUGCAGGUAAAGGAGGGUUUGGUUUUGGAGGUGGAUUUCCUGGAGGAGGAGGUCGCGGCGGCUUCGGAUUAUCUGGAGCUCUCAUCGUGCUCGGUCUUGGUGGAUGGGCUUUGUCGAACUCGCUCUUCAACGUUGAUGGUGGUCACCGUGCCAUCAAGUACUCGAGAAUAGGCGGAGUCAAGAAAGAAAUCUACAACGAAGGAACACAUUUCCGAAUCCCAUGGGUUGAAACACCGGUCAUCUACGACGUGCGCGCGAAGCCGCGGAACAUCGCUUCCCUCACGGGUACCAAGGACUUGCAGAUGGUGAACAUCACCUGCCGUGUUCUAUCAAGGCCUCGAGUAGAUGCCCUUCCUCAGAUCUACCGUACCCUCGGCACAGACUUUGAUGAGCGUGUCCUUCCGUCCAUCGUUAAUGAGGUUCUCAAGAGCGUGGUUGCGCAAUUCAACGCGAGCCAGCUGAUUACACAGCGUGAGAACGUCGCUCGACUCGUUCGGGACAACCUUGCUCGCCGUGCCGCCCGCUUUAACAUUGCUCUAGACGAUGUGUCUCUUACUCAUCUGACCUUCUCCCCUGAAUUCACCGCCGCCGUCGAAGCCAAGCAAGUGGCUCAGCAGGAGGCCCAACGCGCUGCCUUCCUCGUCGACAAGGCUCGUCAGGAGAAGCAAGCCUUCAUUGUCCGUGCCCAGGGUGAGGCCCGCUCUGCUGAGCUUAUCGGUGACGCAAUCAAGAAGAGCAAGAGCUACAUCGAGCUCCGUAAGAUCGAAAACGCGAGACAGAUUGCUCAGAUCCUGCAAGAGAACGGCGGAAAGAACAAGCUGUAUCUUGACACCCAGGGUCUGGGUCUCAAUGUCAACGCAGGCUCGGACGAAUCGAAGUAA